CGGCGCGGUGCGCUGCCGUCUUCCUGACUCGCGUGCCACUUACUGCGCCUCGACCACCACCUUCAUCCUCGGCCUGGCCCACGCACAUCUCGCACGCCUCCGCAGACUCGCGCAUCCUCUUGCGCAGCCCACUUUCGCGCUCGUGCGAAGCUCAGCCCUCUCGCGCGCCGUUCCUCCGCGUCUGUGCCCCUAAUGUCGGCCAACGGAGACGUCGACGCCCUGGCGUCUGGCGUUGCUGCCGUGGCCAUCGACACGGCCAAGCUCAACCCGCUCUCGCCCGAGGUCAUCUCGCGCCAGGCGACGAUCAACAUCGGCACCAUCGGCCACGUCGCGCACGGCAAGAGCACCGUCGUCAAGGCCAUCUCGGGCGUGCAGACGGUGCGCUUCAAGACGGAGCUCGUGCGCAACAUUACCAUCAAGCUCGGCUACGCCAACGCAAAGAUCUUCAAGUGCUCGCGCGAGGCGUGCAAGCGGCCUGGCUGCUACCGCUCAUAUCCCUCGAACAAGGAGGAUGAGCCGCCGUGCGAGGUGCCGGGGUGCGGAGCGAAGAUGAAGCUGAUUCGGCACGUCUCCUUCGUCGACUGCCCGGGCCACGACAUUCUCAUGGCCACCAUGCUGAACGGCGCCGCCGUCAUGGACGCCGCGCUGCUGCUCAUUGCCGCCAACGAGUCGUGCCCGCAGCCGCAGACGUCGGAGCAUCUUGCUGCCGUCGAGAUCAUGAAGCUCAAGCACAUCAUCAUCCUGCAAAAUAAGGUGGACCUGAUCCGCGAGGCGCAGGCGGAGGAGCACUGGAAGAGCAUUGCGAGCUUCGUCAAGGGCACUGUUGCCGGCACUGCGCCGAUUGUGCCCGUCUCUGCGCAGCUCAAGUACAACAUCGACGCGGUCAACGAGUACAUCGUGAAGCGCGUGCCGAUCCCGAUCCGCGACUUUGCCUCGUCGCCGCGCCUCAUCGUCAUUCGCUCGUUCGACGUGAACAAGCCGGGUGCCGAGGUCGCAGACCUCAAGGGCGGCGUGGCCGGUGGCUCGAUCCUGACGGGCGUGUUGAAGCUCGGGCAGCAGAUCGAGGUGCGGCCAGGCCUCAUCGAGAAGGACCAGGACGGCAAGGUGCACUGCCGCCCGCUCUUCUCCACCGUCGCCACGCUCUUCGCCGAGCACAACGACCUGCAGUUCGCCGUGCCCGGCGGCCUGAUCGGUGUGGGCACCAAGAUCGACCCGACGCUGUGCCGUGGUGACCGGCUGGUCGGCCAGGUGCUGGGUGCCGUCGGCGAGCUGCCGGCCAUCUACGUCGAGCUGGAGAUCCAGUACUUCCUGCUGCGGCGGUUGCUCGGUGUCAAGACCGACGACAAGAAGCAGACCAAGGUGCAGAAGCUGGCCAAGAACGAGGUGCUCAUGGUCAACAUCGGCUCCACGUCGACGGGCGGCCGCGUGAUGAGCGUCAAGGCGGACCUGGCCAAGAUCCUGCUGACGGCGCCGGCGUGCACGGAGGUGGGCGAGAAGAUUGCGCUGAGCCGACGUAUCGACAAGCACUGGCGUCUCGUGGGAUGGGGCACUGUGCGCGCGGGCACGACCAUCGAGGCAGAGACCUCGUAGGAGCAGCAGCAUGGAAGGAGGAUGGGAGCGGCCACCUAGAAGGGCAUGUGGCUCGCGCCUCGGCUCGGGCGCAGCGAGCACAAAACGAUGCUAUUUCGACACACUCGGGGGGGCGGG